AUGUCUUUGGAAACAUUUCGAGAAUCAAAAACGUAUAAAUGGACCUCCAAGGUCAUAUCAUUUCUUAUAGGACAAUGGUUUUUCAUUUUUCUUGGUGUGUUUAUUGCUCUAGCCCAUUCUUAUCCUGAAUUCGCCAAACAGGGAGGAACUAUUCGAGCUGAGUACUCUAUUGGCUACGGAGCUGUUGCAGUGAUUUUUCUUAUCAGUGGAUUAUCUAUGUCCACCAAACAAUUAUUGGUCAAUGUUGCAAAUUGGAGAGCUCAUUUUACUGUAUUAUCCAUGUCGUUCUUGAUCACCAGUGCCAUUAUCUUCGGAAUCGCUCUGGGUAUUAAAGCUAGCCAUAAUGGGGAAAUUGAUGACUGGCUAUUAAUAGGUUUGAUUGUCACCCAUGCAUGUCCAACAACUGUGUCUUCAAACGUGGUCAUGACCAAACAGGCACACGGUAAUGACAUUUUGACGUUGUGUGAAGUCUUUAUCGGUAAUGUUUUGGGUGCAUUUAUCACGCCAGCAUUGUUACAAAUGUACAUGACAGGAACUUGGGAAAUAGGUAAUCCAAGUCACCAAACGGACGGGGAUUCCACAGUGCAAGAGUUAUACGCCGAGACUAUGAAACAAUUGGGGUUAUCAGUGUUUGUGCCGUUGUUUGUUGGUCAAGUUGUUCAAAAUAUUUUCCCAAAACAAACCAAAUGGUGUUUGACAACUUUCAAGUUGAGCAAAGUUGGGUCCUUUAUGUUGUUGUUAAUUAUGUUCCAGUCGUUUUCCACUGCUUUUGCCCAACAUGCAUUCACCAGUGUCAGUCAUGCCUCUAUCAUAUUCCUAGUGUUUUUCAAUAUUGGGAUUUAUUUGUUUUUCACUGUUCUAACGUACUUAUAUUCCCGCCCGUUUUGGAUACUAAGAGUAUUCAAAGAAGAACCAAACGAGUCGUCCAGUAAACUUUAUCGGUAUAGUUAUGCAUUCUUCCGUCCAUUUUAUUACAACAGAAAAGAUACUGUUGCAGUCAUGUUGUGUGGUCCAGCAAAAACAGCAGCUUUGGGGGUGUCCUUGGUUUCUUCUCAAUACGGGUCACAUAAUCCUAAGUUGGGUAUAAUCUUGGUGCCGUUGGUUCUUUAUCAAGCGGAACAAGUGAUGACUGCUAACGUUUUGGUGAACUUUAUGAGAAAAUGGAUACACGCAGAAGAUAAGGUACCUGAAGACGAAGAAACUUCUGUGGGAUCAGACAAUGAUCCAAAGAAAUAA